AGCUGAUGGCUGCUCGGGGUGAUAACCGCCAUCGCAGGCUGAUUACUGACUGGCUGAGGUGGAGCACCACCUUAGUGUCUGUUCCCGCCCACCAGGUCCAGAUUUGACCGCCACACACAUGCACAUACAAACAGACGGACACACCACCUUUAAUCCAGCCUAUAGUCACCAGGCAGUUGACCUCCAGGACAGCCAGCAGCAGGAGCGUCAGUGUUCCUCAGACAGGAUGGGCCUCCUACUACUGCUCACCUCCUCGCUCCUGUCCAGCUACUUCCAUCCAGGGAUAGUGGUGGACGCACAGCGCUCAUUCGCGAUAAGAAACAUCGUCCUGUCCCUUGAGCCCAGUACUAAUGUGACUCGCGACACCAAUGUGACUGUGAGAUGUAAGGCCAUCGUCAGCAGCUCGGGGUCGGAGGUGCUGAGUCGUGAGUACACGAUAUACAAGGACAGCCAAAAGGUGUACACCAAGAACUCCAGCACGUCAGAGGAUCUGCUGUACCCGCUGCCCGGGGCCAGAGUCUCCAACACCGGCAAAUAUAGGUGCAAGAUCAAUAUCGAGGGCAAAGAGAAGACAAGUGAAGCUACAAAACUCACAGUGACAGGCCUGUCGAAACCAGUUCUCCACCUUAACAAAUAUGUUGUCAAUGAAGAGGAGGAGGUAACAGCCAGCUGCACAGCGCCCGGGGAGACCGGCUCCAUUUUCUUCUACUUCUAUGAGGACUCCAAAGAGAUCCUGGAGGAUCGGGUCAACUCCAACCAGCUAGAAGCCAAGUUUCGCUUCAGCAGCAUUGGCCACCACACAAUUAACUGUGCCUAUGCUGUCCUAAUAAUACCAGACUCCUUCAAGUCUGAACAGAGCAACAUGAUCACUGUUUCAGUCAAAGAGCUCUCCAUCACUCCAGUCCUGGAGAUUUUCUCUCAGUCCAGGGUUUAUGAAGGAGAUCAACUCAACAUCUCGUGCACCAUCAGAAACUCUGUGAACAGCUCUGUGCACAUUACUCACAACCUGUACCUGAGCCACGGGACAAAGCUUCUCAGCAGUGGAGAAACCAAGGUCAACCACAGCAUGGUUGCUCUGGCAAAGGACCCUGUGGAUUUUGAGUGCAGACUGGAGAUGGGACAUGUGGACAAAGUCACCACAAAGAUGGUUUCAGUGACUGAGCUGUUUUCGGCGCCCACCCUCACCAUGUCUCCUGCUGAAGUCUUUCAAAAGGAAUAUAUGACACUAACCUGCAAAAGUGAGAACUACGCCUCUGAAAGAAUCACCAGGGAAGAGCUGAGCUACACUCUUAAGCCGCCUGACAUCCCACUGACCUCCAUGAAGCCCGGGGUCUUUUCUGGCAAGGCCUUGCAGUUUGAUUUCAACUACACCUGUGUAGCUCAAGCCAAGGGCAUCAUGAAACACAGUGACACCCUGACUGUAUAUCCAAAAGUGUCUGUCUCGAUCCCUAAGAUCUCAGUGGUUGGCAAGGCGGUCCUGGGACAACCAUUCAGGAUCCUCUGUCAGUCGGACACUGGCAGUUUUCCGAUCAACUACACCCUGAUACGGGAUUAUGAACAGCUGAGCACAACCACUGUCAAGCUGCCCCCUCAGGAAGCUCUCUUCACAGUCACCAUCUCCAGGCCUGAUGAAAUAAGCAAGUACAUGUGCAGGGCCAAGAAUAAUCACAGGGAGGCUCUGCUCAGUAAAAGACUCAACGCUACUGUUAUAGUGCCUCUGACAGACCCGACUCUGACCGUCCUCCCCCACAUACCAGAGAUCUCAGAGGGAGAUCAUCUCUACCUGAUAUGUGGCACUAAAGGCUCGCCACCAGUCACCUUUAAGUGGUACCGUGAUGGCAACAAACAGCCGCUGUUCACCACCACCACCGACAAGAACAACACACACUACCAAGUCUCACAUUUGUCCAAAGAGCACAGCGGCACAUACUACUGCGAGGCUGUCAACCACGCCAACAUCGUGGUCCGCAGUGAGAAGGUCACCAUAGAGGUACGCAUGGCGCUGUGGAAGAAAGCCGUGAUCGGGGGCGUGUGUCUGGUGGUGGUGUCGAUGCUGGUGGUGGCCUGCGUGCUGUACUUCAAAUCCAAGAGAGGUAAAAGAGAAGCAGCUGCUGAAUUGUCAGUACGCAGCGCCACUGUAUGAUGGCAUGGAGGGGAGGGUGACCAAUGGGACGUGAGAUAGCGUGGCAUCGCUUCCCGCUGACAUCAGCAACAGGAGCAGCUACAGUGUCCCAGCCACAGUGUAGAGAAGCUCUGCAGUAGGAGGGACUUGAAUUAAAAAAAUGUUAAGCAUUAAUCCUAUUUAUGUAGAAUUAUUGUACAAUUGGACAUUUCUUUCACUCUAUAUAGUCUACACUCUCAAGAAAAAGGAGGGGCAUUGUUAUGAUGAGAUAUAAACCAGGACCCGCUGCUCCCUCUCCCCUCCUCCUGCAAUCUGAAUAGCCUUUGAUUUCAUACUUAACAUUAGUGUCUCUCCUUUGUUCUUUCAUCCCCAUGUGUCUGUUUGUGUGAUUGCAUGUCCUUUUUUGUAGGAACUGCUCUUUUUGUCUGAUGUACAUGUAUAAAUAGGUUUGGUGACUGACUCAUUUGUAUAUACAUUUUAUCACCAUGACAGGAAAUGUAUGUAUAUAUUUUGGUUGAUCCCUUGACUGACUGGAAGAGACACUUGUAGAAUAAAGACAUUGGUUUUAUUUA